AUUCAGAUUGGGCUGUAAACUACAGGAAGAAAACAUGAUGAACACACGCUGAGUUUUACAACAGAAUUUUAGAAAUGGAGAGUCUGAGCCUUGGAGGCAAUUUGUGCAUCCCCAGCCAGAGCAAGCGCAGUCCAGCGACACAAUCGCACCAUUAAAAAUGAGACAGGGCAGCUUUAAGAGAGAAACAGGAAGCUGUAACUAGAAUCCAGCUGAAUUCUGAGCUGGGGCACUUUACCAUGAGGCUGCAAAUGAAACAGAUGUGCUUGCUGUGAAUUUCUGUAGUGUCUGGAGUUUUUGUACUAAAGGUGACAACACUUUCCUUCCUCUUUUCUUUCUUUUAUUUUUCACAAACUUUCUAUAAAAGGAAUGAAAUGGAGAAGUUGAAGAAGUAUGUGUCAGUGGAAGAUGAAGAUCACUUUUAUCAUCAGGGAGCUGUGGAGCUGCUAAUCUUUAACUUUCUACUCAUUCUUACAAUAUUAACAAUUUGGUUGUUUAAAAACCAUCGAUUCCGCUUUCUGCAUGAAACUGGAGGAGCUAUGCUUUAUGGCCUUGUAAUGGGAUUAAUUAUACGAUAUGUGACAAAAUCACCAGAUGUUGAAAGUGGGACUGUUUAUGAAUGUGAAAAACUGAAAUCUGGGCCAACCACUCUGCUUAUUAAUAUAACUAAUCAGGUCUACGAAUAUCAAUACAAAAGAGAGAUCAGCCAGCACAAUGUCAAUGGUCACCAGGGCAACACAAUGCUUCAAAAGCAGAUGACCUUUGAUCCUUCCAUCUUCUUCAACAUUUUGCUGCCACCCAUUAUAUUUCAUGCUGGAUAUAGUUUGAAGAAGAGACAUUUUUUCCGUAACUUAGGAUCAAUUUUAACCUACGCCUUUUUGGGAACUGCCAUCUCCUGCAUUGUCAUAGGGUUGAUAAUGUAUGGCUUUGUGAAGGCCAUGGUACACAUUGGCCAGUUAAAGCAAUGGGAAUUCCACUUCACUGACUGUUUAUUUUUUGGAUCGCUGAUGUCUGCCACAGAUCCAGUGACAGUCCUUGCUAUUUUCCAUGAGCUGAAUGUGGAUACAGAUUUAUACACACUCCUGUUUGGAGAGAGUGUCCUAAAUGAUGCUGUGGCUAUCGUGCUGACACACUCUAUAUCCAUUUACAGUCCUAAGGAGAAUCCUAAUGCUUUUGAUGCUGCUGCUUUCUUCCAGUCAGUGGGAAAUUUUCUGGGGAUCUUUGCUGGAUCAUUUGCCAUGGGAUCCUCUUAUGCUGUUGUCACAGCUUUAUUGACCAAAUUCACAAAGCUGUGUGAGUUUCCUAUGUUGGAGACAGGUCUGUUUUUCCUCCUAUCCUGGAGUGCCUUCUUAUCAGCAGAAGCCGCUGGGCUCACAGGUAUUGUUGCUGUCCUUUUCUGUGGAGUCACACAGGCCCAUUACACCUACAACAAUCUGUCAGCAGAUUCCAAAAUGAGAACUAAACAGUUGUUCGAGUUCAUGAAUUUUUUGGCUGAGAAUGUCAUCUUCUGUUACAUGGGACUCGCGCUAUUUACAUUUCAAAAUCACAUCUUCAAUCCCCUUUUCAUAUUUGGUGCUCUUGUGGCAGUUUUUGUAGCAAGAGCUUCCAACAUAUACCCACUUUCUUUCCUUUUGAAUUUGGGUCGAAAACAAAAGAUUCCCAGGACCUUUCAGCACAUGAUGAUGUUUUCAGGUUUGCGAGGCGCAGUUGCAUUUGCGUUGGCCAUUCGGGACACGGACUCCCAGCCCAAGCAGAUGAUGUUCACCACAGCCCUGCUGAUGGUGUUCUUCACAGUCUGGGUGUUUGGUGGGGGCACCACACCCAUGCUCACCUGGCUGCAGAUCAGAGUUGGCGUAGAUCCAGAUGAAGAUCUGAAAACUAGAGCUGCGAGCCAGAGUGCACCUAACAUGGAUAAAAAUACAACCAAAGCUGAGAGUGCGUGGCUGUUCAGAAUAUGGUAUGGCUUUGACCACAAAUAUCUAAAGCCUCUCCUAACCCACACUGGGCCACCUCUCACAUCAACAUUGCCUGAAUGGUGCAACCCUGUGGCCAGGCUUCUGACCAGCCCCAGGGCAUAUGGGGACCAGCUGAAGGAUGGCGACACAGUUUAUAUCAUCAAUAAUGAUGAAUUGACUGAAAAUUAUGAAUCAUCUGCUCACAUAGCAGUGCCAGCACAGGACAGCACAGCCUCCACCCAGGCUACAGGCAAGGAAGAUAUUCAGGAAGGAGACCUAGGAUUAGGAGGAUACAAACUCCAGCUUCAACACAGUGCAGGUCAACCCCAGAAGAAUUCAUUGGCAUGAGCAGUGUACUGUUAAUCACAAGAAAGAAGAUGAAAACAAUGAAACAAAAGAUCCUGUUAUGUAAACAAGAGGUCAGGAAAAAAAUUUACUAAGCGCAAAAAUCAAAGAAAAUUUAGAUUUCAGCAACUAACUGUCUGCUCCUCCCAGGAGUUUGCUAUCAUAUCCAUAUAUCUACAACCAUAUGCAGGUUUUAUGACUGUAGCAGGUUUUAGGAUAAAGGCACAGGGCAGUACCAGCCCACUGUAAAUCUAUUGCAGUAAUGUUUUGUCUCAGCACUUGGCUGUACUGUGCCACUCGCAUGUACACAGGCCUUUGAAUAUUCCUUGGAGUCUUCAGUGAGCUGAAACGGAGAGAAAUAGCUUUCUAACAUUCAUGCUCACAGGAUGACAGCUCUUUUCUACAGCUGGUCCUGGCAAGAUCCACACAUAACUACUCAGCAGCUAUUACAUUUAUAAAGAAAAAGCAGAAGAUUCCUUGUCCAAGGAGUGUGUGAUCUGAAAAUGCUUAAAACAUGCUUUGCAGCACCUCAGUCUUCAUAGAUAAAGCCUCAUGCCCACGGUAUAGACUUGUCCUGACAUCCAGCCAAAGAUCUGCUUUCUAAAUGCACCUUAUAGCCUGGCCCACAGAGGAUUUCACUAGGCUGCUACAAACUGAACACUGAUAGUAGGAGACAUCGAGGUGUAUGAAAUCAGCAACAAACACUGAACGGGCACAACCACUGCUUAAAACCAGUAGUUAUUCCAAAAGGCAUUUUUCCAUACAGCCUGGCAACACACAAAGUUUAAAUGGGGGAAAAGGUUUUUUUGUUUUGAAAGAUAAUUCUAAACAUAUACUUUAAGAACUCAAAUGUUUCUCUUUUCUACUGUUUAAGAAGAGUUGUUUCUAAUCAAAUAUUUCUGCAAAACAAUUAUACCCUUCAGACUGCCUGCUCAAAGGAUAAAUUUGUCUGUCUCUCUUCUUAUGCUGGGCACUCAAUGUUGCACUAGAAAUGAGGACUGUAGUGGUUAGAAAUGAAAGGGAGAUGGGGAAAAAGCCACACACCACACAAGAGAGAGGUAUCAAAGUGUUCAUUGUUCUGCAUAAAGACAAUAAAUGGAUAACCAACUGCUCAGCCAUACGUACAAGCCGGUUGUCAAAUACUGUGAAGCAUUACUACAGAUAGCUUUGGCACACAGCAGAGCUAAGCAGCGCAAAAACAGGGGCAGAGCCAGGCUUCUGUUGUUAGAGCAUGUGCCUUUCCUCACAGCAGAAGUUUCAACUAACUAUGCAUGAUGAUGCUCCUACUGAGAAAGUCAAAGCAUCAAGAGUUUUUAAGGGAGAUCAUCCUUAGUAUACAAAGAUAACAGACAAGAAGAAAGUCAUUAUUUAGAAGAACUAAAAAAUCAAACUGUCUCUAUUAAUAGUCCUAAAAAUGAAUAGGUCUUAAUUUCACCACAAAUAAAACCUAAAAUACAAAUAUAAUCAACUUUUAGUCAUUCUUUUCCAGUGUAAUUAGUUUCUGGCUUUAUGUGACUCUAGAACAACCAUUUUAAGCAUAAAUUGGAACACGGUGGAGUUGUAUGUACUGUUACAAAAAAUCAAAAGCUUAAACUGGCAUUUCAUUUUUUCCUAAACUCUAAUCAAGGAUCUUCAAAGGGCCUUAAUCCCCACGUGGUUUAAAACAAAUAAUAUUCAGGCAUGAAAAGUUCUUAGAAGAACUACUGAAUUUCCAACUCUGUGCUUUGCUUUGUUUAGCUACAUGGGCUGGGAAAAGACAUGCAAGCAGCUUGCAGGAAGGGAUGGAGAAUGGGUAAGGAGGGAAGGUUUUGUGACCAAGUACUGGGAAACAGCAGAGAACAGAGGAAGUUCUGAGAAGCAGGCAGACACUGGAGUGAGGUGAAAAUGUGGCAACUCAGCAAGAAGCUCUUGGGGUAGGUGCUAACACUGCCCUGACUUCAGUAGCCAGUUUCUGGUUUCAGCCUCUGGAAGUCCUGAGGGCAUGUCACCAGGCUUACCAAGUUUCUUGGGAAGCAUGGAUCCCAGUCCUUAGGUUAUACUGGAAAUCAAUAAAAUGCUGUAGCGUAACAAAGAUGCAAAGCUGUUGUUCACAACUGUGACAUGAACUGGAAAUGACAAGCUCUUCAAUAGUUUUGCUCUUAGAUUCUACUCUGAAAUGCAUCCUGCAGCAUACUUACAUACAGUAAGUCCUGCAGGGGCUUACUGAUUGAUUGAUUUAUUGUGACUAUGUCCAGGUUUCUCACGUUUGUACAACGAUAAAUGGAGAGCUCUGGGGUCUGAAACUAUUGAUAAAAAAAGGUCUGCAACAAGUAGUUUUCCCACUGUUCUAGCCCUAUGCCUUCGAGGGCUAUUUUACUUGGUAGAGAAAGUCAUCCCUUAUGACAAACAAGUCAUACUUCACAUUUCACAGGUUGGAUUUUUAUGCUAAGACUACCAAAGAGGCCGAGUCAGUGGUCCCAGCAGGAAGGGUAUUUAUCAUCUGGGAUCAUGCUCAGCAACCAAAGUAUCAUUGGCUUUUAGGAAAAUUAGCAAUAUGAGCUGCAAGCAAACCUGAAGCUUCUGCUAAAUGGCAAUAAGAGUCUCAAUUGUCCAUUACACUCACCAUUUCCCUGUUUUAAGAUACUCUUUUCAUGAUGCACAGCUCAAGAGAGUUACAACAUUAGAAUAAAUGACAUAUUUGUAGUCAAGAAAAAAUUACUAACAACUAGUAAUUCUGUAUGACUGUUUAAACAAAGUAAUGAAUGUUAAGAGAGGUCUUUAAUGUAAUUUACAGUUUAUACACUGGAGACUUAAACUACUCAAUAUCACAGAGUGUUUGACUGAAUGUGCAAGUCACUCAUUACAAAUGUGAAGCUAUUCCUUCUAUCUGACUUAAUCUAAUAAAACACUGCUUUGAAAAUGAAAUGUAAUAUAUAUUGUCAAAAGUGUAGUGACUGCAUAUUCAGAAUGAAGGCCAAAAUGUGAGGCAAGGUGGAAAUCUGGAAUACUGCUAAACCUUUCAGGUUUCAAAAGUAAUAACUAGCAUUUUAUACAGAACUAUGAAGAGCAUUUUGCUAAGUUUGAAAGCAGUGGAAAAAAUCCUGGCUACACAGCAGUGCCAGUCCAAAAAGACACUCUACUGAAAAUAUCAGAUCAUUAUGAUAACUUUCACAGAGAGGUGCAAUAUUUGGUAACCUCACUGAAAACAGGGGCCAUUGGAAGUGAACACUUAUGUUCCUGUGUUAAAAGCUUAAACUUUUCAAUAGUAAUGACAAAGGCUAUCUCCAAACUGAUGAACCCUGUGUAUAACUUCAGCCAGAAAACUAAUUGCCUUGAAGCCCUGAGAGCAGCUCACACCUUUUUCACCAAGCAACUUAUUCAAGUGCCUUGUUGAGCUGGUCUCUGUCCUUUCUUCCUCUGUAUUUUGCUAUCAGCCAUCAAGAAAUGUGAGCCCUGUAACAGCCUGAGUGCUGUGUACAUUUGGGUACAACAUAAAUGCAGCAAUAUUCAGAUCUGUAUUUUAGAUGCACUAAAUGUGAGCAUUACACGUGUGCUUUUGAAAGUCUUUGUUUUCACAGAGAUUGAGAAUUCCUAGGAUACAAAUAUUAACAAUAAACUUCAGACAACCAAGACAACAUCCUGAAAGCCAUUGCAGAGAGUGAAAAAUACUACUUCCAACUGAGUAUAUUUUGUGAUUCUAUACUUCUAAAGACAAAAUUGUUUUUCCCCUACUUCCUUCUAGCAAAGUUUUUUUUUCCUUUAUUGACAUAUUAAAGCAAACCAAUUCUGAGCAUUUUAAAUAACUUAAUACAAGGAGCUCAUCUCUGGCAAUAUAAUCCCAACAGACAUGAGUUCUGCUUUGUGAACUGUAAAGGACUCAUCAAAAUUUUAUUUUAGAAACUGUAUUUCAGAACUUGAAAAUUCUCCAGUUGACCCAAAUUUUCUAAGCAAAUAUUAAUUUAACCCACAGCCUUGGUCCCAUAACCCAUCAGUUUUCAGAUCAUGAUACCUCAUCCUUCCUUGGGCUCAGCAAUUCGUUUUUGUGGUAGAGAUUACUGUUCAGGAGAGUCAGACAAAAUAUGUUUCCUUGAAUACUGGCUUAUUGGUGUUUUGGAGUUUUUGCUCUCGGUAACCUGUACAUUUUUUACAUCAUGAUCACAUAGUAGAGGGCAAGCUUCUGAACAAUACAAAAGAAAACUUUGCCCAUAUAGUGAUUAUCUCUCCCUUUAUUCAUACCUUUUAAGUGAUUAAAAGAAUAAGACAGACGAGUGCAGUGAUGGGCAUCAGGUGAAUAUCCCCUUCAACAGCCUCGUGGUGCGAGUCACACUUCCAGUCUGAAACUGCCUACUGAACCACCUGGCACAUCUUUAAAAAUGCAAAACUAUUUCAGUCAGCCCCACGGUGCCAAUCUAUGGCCCAGGUUUAUUUUUCCUCUGUGAAAAAGGCACUUUUCUGUAGUUACCCCAAGGUGUGUCAGGUGUCCAUCGCCAGCUUUGGCUCUGCAUGGGCCCAGCAGUGCUAGAAAAGCUACUAGCCAAGACCAUCUCAUACUUCCACGGAAUUCCACAGGAAAAACCCACAGGCUUCAUAUUUCCAGUUAGGAAACUGGGAUUCCAAUCCUGCCAGCUUUCCCACUGUAAACAAGCACACUGGCUUCCUCCCACACCAGCCCCCCUGGCUCUGGGCAGUGCUCCUUCCACACACCAGGGGAGGCAGCAAGGGCUGCACGACGUGCAACAGGAAUAAUUCUGCUUACAAAUAAACCCUUUUUGCCCCCACCAGUGUCAGAGUAGAAGCUACAUUUUCCCCAACUAAUUCAGUGUUACUGGUCAACGUUAUUACCCUACAAAUAUCAUAUCUGAGAUAUGGAAGAACAAAUAUUGUUUCAGGCCUCAGAGGCUCCCAAAUCUGAGCACAUCAAAUUAACAUCAUCCUUCUGAGAACCCAGCAGAGCUUGAAAUUCUAGUGCAGGAAGCAGUAGAGAAUAUCCAGGAGCGUUUUCCAGCUACUGUUCUACAUCAUUAUUUACCACAAAGCUGUCUGCUUCUGGUGUGCUACAGCAAAAGCAGAUGGACAUAAAAAAAGUAUGGGUACUUUACUGGAUAAGGACAUGAGACUAGAUGGAGCCUUGCACCCAACAAGCUGAACACUGAAAGAAAGAAUCUUAUGUCAUGAUAUUUGAUAUCAUGUAAGUCUAGGACAAGUUAUAUAUAAGUGAAUUGAAAGAGGAUAAUAUCCCAUAAGCAUAAUGGGAUUUCUCAUACCAGAGGUAAAGUAACUUUAGAAUGUAUGUCUGACUGGAAAUGAAAAUAUAUAAGAGAAAACGACACGAAUAAAUGAAUGAUGAAGGAAGGAAAGGGGGAGCAAGGCUGGAAAGAAUCAGUGUCAAGGAGAUUCAAAUUGAAAAAGAUCAGAAAGAUAUUCAUAGCAAUUCUAGUCUAAAACCCAAAUUAAGCAGUGUGAGAAACUAAGGAUUAUCUCAAAGAACACCCCUAAAAACUUUACUGAGCCAUAUAUAGCCCUGACACUAGUGUACUACAAAGCUUAGGUAUUCCACAGACUUAAAGCAGGAACAGCUACCAGCUGAAAAUUUACCCGUUUUAAAGAAAAUUAAGUAAAAGGACCAAAGCUGAAAGGCCAAUCCUCCAACAACACUGUUGGAAAGCAAUAUAAACAACACAAGCCUUAUAUUUGCAGAGGGGUGGAAAAAUGACUGAAGAUCUAAGUUCAUCAGUCCUCUUAUUUCAUCUCUCCCUGUUUCACCAGCUAUUCAUUUUCUUCACCCAGUUGUCUCUUACACCUUCUCUGGUUUAUCUUUAAGAUGAAAACUUUACUUUUCCCAUCCCUUGAGCUAACAAAAUUAUGAAGUCCUAUUCUCCCUCUGCAUUAUAUAAAUAGUUCUUCAAAAAGAAACUAAUAUGAUGCAAGAUUGCAUGAACUACAUAACUUCUACUCCAAGUUGUCAUCGUGCUCAAAAUCAGGGGCUCAAACACAUCACAAUAUCCUUUAGGCACUUCUCUACCACUGCAAACGCUAAGAGCAGGAGCUCAUGUAUUUUUGACUAGUGGAACCAAGAGCAGGGAAAACCCUUAAGAAAAGCUGCAGAACCACUCUCAGUGAUGCUGACAGGAGAUUUCCAGUGCCAGGCAGCAACAUCAUAAGAGCAUUCUGUGUGCGUGGUUUUACCUCACAGUGAGGAUGGGCCUUCAGAAGCUUGGGCACACAGGAUUGCACCGGGAGGGGCAGCACCCAGGCGAGAGCACCGGCACACAGCCCAAAUCCAAACCCUCUCUUCACCCUUUGCACAAAUUCCCACAGCCUGGACAGCUCCAGGAGGGACAACUCCCUCACCCAUGGGAGAGCUCACGUUUAACUGCAGCAAACCGAGCAGACAUUUCCAGCUGGCAGUGCAGGGAAUGUGGUGCUGCUCUCUUGCUCUUUCGUGGUCCAGGCACGUUUUCCUGCUGGCACUCAGAGAGUACUGCUGCCACUGCUGAUUAGAGAAGUGACUGGAGCACCUUUUCUGAUGAAAGCUAAUGUGAAGUGGACACUUGAGACAAGUACUCCAGUUUCUGCUGAAUGAACCAUCAGGCCCAUGCAAAAAAAAUAAGAAAACACUGUUCUAUUUCUUAACUGUUUUGUUUACAGCAAGAAUCUGCCCACAACCACCGAGGCCCUGAUAUUUGAAGGCCUAAACACCAGUAAUGGAGAUCUGUUAGGAGCCCUCAAACCCCCUAUAUUUGGCUCAGAAUGAGCAUCCUCCCCCUCUGCAUGAGCUCCCCUAUAUGCCAUCAUCUGUCAGGGUUUCACACUGACCUGGCUCCCAGGAAAACUGCAAUGGUCUUUCCCUGAACUGAGAUGUUCAAGCACUGGAAGAGAAUUUCAGUAAAAUGAUAAAUGGAUGCAGAUUCCCCAAUUCUUAGUGUAGUUCAGAUGCUCUGGGAGGAUAACUGUAAACCACAGUUGCCAAAAAUUAACUGUCACCUAAAAAAACCCACGUACACCUAAGGAGCACUAUUGGCACAUGUUUGUAACCAAAGGCAGGUGUUCCAGCUGAACUGUACAAGGAAAAGGACUCUUAUGGCUAUUUUACAGAAAUCUCCACCUUCUGUACGUACAACUAUAAAAGUAAUUUGUAAUAUUCCUUUCUGUUCAUGCAAUACCCUCAGUGAGCAAGUAGUGACACACUUAGUGUGUACUAAUAAAACUUUGCAAGUGAUGAAUCCUGAAACCUAUUACAGCCCUAAAGUCAGGCUGAAAUUAGCCCAUAGAAGUGCCAAAACACACACUGCUCCCAGCAGAGCCUCCGAGACAAAAAUACAGCAUAAAACACACCUUAUUUUGAUUGGCACAAUAAGCUCCCUAUUCCAGGAAUGAAACUGGUUUUAUCACAGGGUGACUCAGCUUCUGUGUAAGGAAUAAAUUAGCAACUGAAACAGGACUGACCCCCUUCAGGCCAUUGGUGCUGCAUUUGCUUCAAGGUUUUUUUAUUUCCUUUUUCUUUUUUGAAGGCUACCUGAGGUGGACCAGGCUAAGCCUGAGGAGUGAUGACCUCAUCUUUUGUGCAGCCUCGCAGCCAAGGUGGUGUGGAACAGCCUGCAUGAAUUCUCAGCAGAGCCACAAUUCGUGUGAAAGCCCAGUGUGUUGCAGCUUAUUUUCCCUUGGCUGCUCCAGCACAUGCCUUCUGUAUGAUUUGGCCUCGUGCUCAAAACAGCCUUAGUUGAUGGGGAUUUUUUCUGAAACUUCCACACAAAAACGUCUAACUUCAGGACACAAUAGCGCAAGGCUAGAGAAGAGCUUGUUAGCAUGAACCAGUGCCUCAAGUUCCUGCAUUCUUUGUGGUUUUAGCAUCCAGGAUUUAUGCAUGUAGAGAGCCUGGCUGGGACUCAGUUUAUUUAGAAGAGCUUUCACCAUCUGUUCUUCCAAAUCCUGAAAACAUGAAGAAAAUACACUUCACAAGCAGCUACAAACACAGAUGAGCUCGGCAGUUUAUACUGGAAUAUACUGCAUACAGGGAAAAUAAUUCAUAACAUCCCUGAGGUUUCUCCUUCCAGCAUAAAUUGAGGGUUGAAGCUCUAAUGCUUCCACUUUUUGCCACAGUGAAAGAAUUCUCUGGUUUACAUUAAUUCACCAUCACACAUCUUCAUACUAUGAAGUAGAGACCCAAACUCUUUGAAACUAAGAUGACUUAAAAGAUUUUCUAAUUAAACUGGCCAAUUUCACUAAUACAUUACCUGUCAUCAUACAGUUCUUAGCAAGUUUUUGUUAUCUAGAAAUUAAAAUCUCUGAAUAAUUAGCAAGCUAAAUUACAACUACAACAUUUUUAAAUGCCUUCAAACCACAGUCCAGUGAAGGAAAUCCACGAAUAUCUACUUUCCUUAAAGUACAGCUUCCAGCCCUUAUCCCUGACUUCUCAACCUAUUUCCACCUACUUGACAAAUGAUGCCUCAGCAAACUCUGCCCCAGUUUUCCAGGCAUUAUAGGUAUCAGUUGCCUCACUGCUGGGGAUGAGGCAUUGGAGCUUCCCUAAGCAGACCUCUGUGAAGGACCCUCAAAGGAUGCUCCAUAAGCUCCCAAGGAAGCAGAAGCCUGUCCUCACCUGCAUGGACAGCAGCUAUUCCAGGCAGACAAGAAAUACACCCUUGCCACCUUCCUCCUGCAGGGACUCAUAUUUCCACACUUGACUCCCAGGUGAACUGGUUUGACAAGAAGCCACCACCCCUGAAGGCCGGAGAAACAAAUCCCUCAUUCCCAGCACUUAUCCUCAGUGUCUGCUGCCACAGUGUUAUGCUGAUGCUUCCCUGAAGAUGGCAAGCUGUCCUCCUUCACGGGCCUGCUUCUCCUGCCUGUCAUCUUUAGAAGGGGCAGCUCUGCCUCGAGAGCCAUGAAAAGAGCAGUGUAGGAAGGGAAGGGUCAGCACGCAGCAUCCCUUUGAAGGCAGCCAUAAACCCUCCUGCCCUCAGAAUCAGCAAUGUCCUUUUUCGUCCCCCUCUGUAGAUAGCAUGUCCUCUCUUGUCUCAGCAGUGCAGAAAACUGGCAAAGCCAGCGCAAGAGCUGACAGGACAAAGUCAGAGAAGCCUGGUGUUGGCAUUCAUUGAUGGUUCGUUUUCUACACUUAUUUCUUCUUGGACAAUCACACCUUUGCUGUUCCACUGCAGUGCUGACAAUAGGUUAUGGAAUUCAGAGUGAUUCAGGCAUAGUUAAAUUAUCUCUUGUUUUUGCAAGGCAUGUAAUGUAGAACUAGCCAAAAAUAUCACUCAGAUGUUCUGCAACAAAAAAGCACCUUUGCAUCAAAAUCAAAGACUGUACAGUAUUGUCCUGAUUUCAUUAAGUGUUCCAUGGAACAGAAGUCUAACAUUAAUCAUUUUGAUUGCUUUGGUUAAAAUUUUUAUUUAAAAUUUAUUAUUAAUUUUAUGCAUUAAAAAUUAAUAUAGAGUGAUGUUAUUUGCCCAUAUACUAUACCCAAAUUCACAAGCAAGUCUUAAAAUAAUUCAGUUACAAAACAAUAAUGGUUAAUGUCCUCAUAAGAAAUCUCAGGCUUUUAUUCUGGUACAGAAGGGGAGGAAAUAUUUCAGAUAGAAGAAAUUUCUGCCCCCCCUAGGAUUAACCAUCAUAAAAACACCAACAUGUCUCUUUGAACCUUAGCUAACAGUGGUCUUAGGCUGCUUCCAGCCGAACUACUACAGCCCACAGCCCCUCUGGGGAUGCAGGACAAACACAGGGCCUCCCAGAUAAGAAACAGAAGUAUCUCUCUGCUCCAGCCAGUGACAGGAUAGCAAAGAAUGUCAUUUAUCACAUAAACUCCAGCCCUCUCAAACCAGCUCACUUCCUGUCUUUCCUGGCUCCCCGUCGGCUUCACCCAAAUAAACUGCAUCCCACAGCAAUCAUCUUUUUCCAUGACAAGCCCUCAAAACCCCCAGAGGUUUAAAUGGGAACAUGAUGACAAAGCCAGGAAACUCACACUAGUUAGAGGAAGGACAACUGCCUAUUAAUACGAUCACGAGCAAAAGCAUCUGUCAAACUCUUUUUUUAACAAUCUUCAUUUCAGGCUUAACUCCAGUUUAUGAAUACAUAAAAGAGAAAUUUCUUGCAUAAAUUAUUCACUAUGAAUUAAACACCCAGCUGCACAUAGCUGACAGAUUUCUAUUAAAAAAUAAAAUAAGUCAUUUAUAUAAGCUGUCCAUUUGGCAAACAUUCAUUUUAUCCUCUUACAGGGAAAAAAGAUAUUUUCAAGUGUCUCAAAUCUUUACGUCAAAAGGAACCAUAUACAAUAGGAAUCAUAUAUUUGGGAGAACUUGGCACAUUCUCUGGGUUUCCAAAGCUGGGGUUUAAGAGUUAUUUUGGUGUGGUGUUUUUUUAAGAAAAGCUCUGGGGAAAAAAAGAAUGUAUCUAAUAAAGUUUA